CGCAGGUUUGCGAAUGUUAACUUGGAGUGAAGUGGUGGUAUUUAGAUUUGUUUUAUCAAGUUAUCUAAAGGCUGAAUAUUAGACUUCCUCUGUUUAAUUUUCGAUUAUUGAUGACUUCUUCAGUGAUAAAUGGGUGAAAAAAAGACUUGGUCGACUAGCAGGGCAGUUAGGGAGGCACCGGUACUCGAUCAAACUUCCAAGACUCCCUACCCUUUUUCUGAAACGUUAGAGCAAUGCAGUCCUGCUGAAUCGUACUCCAGAGGCCAUAAAAGAACGAAAAUAUUCGAUACCAGCAGCAUGUCUUGGACUGCAAAGUUGCAUUCUGAAACCAAAUCCAAGGAUGGAAAGACUUCUGUUGAUGUUUCUGAUCCAUUUGUUUUGCCCAAUUGGUUGGAAGGUUUGGACAGUGGCAAAUAUGGAAGUGUUUCCAAAGAUAUUAAUGGUCUUCUUGCUCGAAAGAUGCAAUUGUCAAAACCUCAAUUUUCUGAAACCAAAUGUAAGGAUGGAAAGACAAAGACUUCAGAAGUUGUUGGUGUUUCUGAUCCAUUUUCUCUGCACAAUUGGUCGGAAGGUUUGGACAGUGGCAAAUAUGGAAGUGUUUCCAAAGAUAUCGAGGAACUUGUUGCUCGAAAGAUGCAAUUGUUAAAUCCUCUACUUGCAAGAUAUCCUCUUCUACAAAGAUCUGGUUUAGAUGCUGGUGGUUUUUGUAAGGGCCAACCUGGAGAGGUUUGCAAGUCGUUGAAUCAGCAAUCCAUUCACUCGGCCUCAGCCUUGUGUAAUAUUAUUGAUUUGGAAGACUGCACAGAAAACGAUGUUCCUGUGUGUGAAGAUUCAAUACCAUUUUAUGAAAAUGGUGGUGAAAGUAAGGUACAUGCACAUGGCGGCUCUAUAGAGCACGAGCAAACCGAUCUGCUUGAGUACCUCCAGAGUCAUUCUGAUCUGCCAAUUGUAAUUGUUGAUUCAGAUGAAGAAGAUGGAGACAGUAUCAGGGCCAGACAUGCUACCAGUUCAAAAUUUGUCACUUCUAAUUUUGAAAUUCCAUUAGAAUCUCAAAAGAAUGAUCUUGAUGAUGUGAAAAAUGGAGUAGCUAUGAUGGCUGAUACCAGAUCAUUGUUGCCUGAUGUUCAGUGUCAACAAGCAAAUGUUGAAGCAAAGGUUGUCUUGAGGAAGCCAGUUGAAGAAAAACCAAUCAGGAAUCUCUGUGUGAGAGAAUAUGGAGAGGAAAACAGUUCAAAAGGAGAAGAGAAAAGGUCUGGUGGUGAACAAGUUCCCAGAAAAGAACAAGGUGGAUAUGUUGGUGUUCAGGGUGAUACAGUAACUGAGAAUGGUGAACAAGUUUCCAGAAAAGAACAAGGUGUAUAUAUUGGUGUUCAGGGUGAUACAAUAAGUGAGAAAAGCAAUCAUCAAAGUGAUGAAGACGAUGGUCUUGGGGAUGUCUGGAGAGAAAUGACACUUGCAUUGGAAUGUUCCAAGGAUGCUGCUCCUGAGAGGUCAGAUUUUGAAAACACUGAAGGGAGAGGAGGUGAAGAAUGCGAUCAUUCUUUUGUUCUCAAGGAUGAUCUAGGAUAUGUCUGCCGGGUAUGUGGCAUUAUAGAAAGGGGAAUUGAAACGAUAUUCGACUUCCAGUGGAUAAAGGGCACAAAGACCACAAGGACUUACUUCUAUGAAUCUCAGAAUUCCAAAGGUAGACAACAAACUGAGGUUUCCCCAUUUUCUGGAAUUGAAGUGUCUCAGGAAGAUCCAACUGUGGCAGAACUAUCUGUGCAUCCAAGGCAUAGGCAGCAAAUGAAACCCCAUCAAAUUGAGGGUUUCAAUUUCUUGCAGAGGAACUUAAUGACAGACAAACCAGGAGGUUGCAUCCUUGCACAUGCUCCUGGAUCUGGAAAGACUUUCAUGAUAAUAAGCUUUAUGCAAAGUUUCCUGGCCAGGUAUCCUAAAGCCAGACCACUGGUUGUACUACCAAAAGGUAUCCUGGCUACAUGGAGGAAAGAGUUUCAAAGAUGGCAAGUGGAGGAUAUACCUUUAUAUGAUUUUUAUUCCUCAAAAGCAGAAAAUAGGCAUCAGCAGUUGGAAGUUUUGAAAACAUGGGUGGAUCAGAGUGGUAUCUUAUUUCUGGGUUACAAGCAGUUUGCGAACAUUGUAUGUGGCAGUGCAACAAGCAAAACUGCAGCUGCUUGUCAUGACAUGUUGCUGAAAGUUCCUUCAAUUCUUAUAUUGGACGAAGGUCAUACACCAAGGAAUGAAGACACUGAUGUGUUACACUCACUUGCCAAGGUGCAAACGCCAAGAAAAGUGGUUCUUUCUGGCACCUUAUUUCAAAAUCAUGUGAAGGAGGUCUUCAAUAUUUUGAACCUUGUUCGCCCCAAGUUCUUAAAGUUGGAAUCUUCUCGUCUCAUCGUAAAGCGUGUUCUUAGUAGGGUUCACAUAUCAAGUGGAAAGAAGUUCUUUAAAAAUGGUUUGGAAUCCGCAUUCUAUGAGUUAGUUGAAGCCACUCUACAAAAUGAUGAAGAUUUCAAAAGGAAGGUGACAGUCAUACAAGACCUCCGUGAGAUGACAAAUAAUGUUCUUCAUUACUACAAGGGAGAUUUCUUGGAGGAACUGCCAGGUCUUGUUAACUUCACUGUGAUUUUAAAUCUGACAAGCAAACAGAAGAAUGCAGUAGAAAAAUUGAAGAAUUUGGAAAAAUUCAAGAGAUGUUCUUUGGGGAGUGCCAUUUAUAUGCACCCACGGUUGAAAGAGUUUUCAGAGACGGCAUCAGCUGGAGACAGAGGUGGCAACUUCAAUGAUGAAAAGAUUGAUGACUUGGUAGGGAAAAUGGAUGUGAAAGAUGGGGUCAAAAUGAGGUUUUUUCUUAAUCUUUUGGGCUUGUGUGAAUCUGCCAAUGAAAAGCUGCUUGUUUUCAGUCAGUAUCUCCUUCCACUGAAAUUCUUGGAGAGAUUGAUAGUGACCACAAAGGGUUGGAGCCCUGGGAAGGAAAUUUUUAUGAUCUCUGGUGACUCUACCCCUGAACAAAGGGAGUGGAACAUGGACCGUUUUAACAAAUCCCCUGAUGCCAAGGUUUUUUUUGGUUCAAUCAAGGCAUGCGGUGAGGGGAUUUCCCUUGUUGGGGCAUCUCGUGUUCUGAUUCUGGAUGUUCAUUUAAACCCAUCAGUCACCCGGCAAGCCAUUGGCCGUGCAUUCCGACCAGGCCAAGAGAGGAAGGUCUAUACAUACAGAUUGGUUGCUGCUGACUCUCCUGAGGAGCAAGACCAUCUCACAUGCUUCAGGAAAGAAUUAAUUGCAAAGAUGUGGUUUGAAUGGAGUGAAUGCUGUGGUCAUCAAGACUUUGAAAUGGAAUCAGUUGAUGUAAGGGAAUGUGGGGAUUUGUUCCUUGAAAGCCCUUUGUUGGGGAGAGAUGUAAAGGCCCUAUACAAAAGGUAG